UGCUGAGCAGCCUUGGUGUUUUUUUUUUGUUUUGCUUAUCUGACAGCUGUGCCGUCAAGAUGAAAAUUGCUAGGUGGUUCACAGUAGGUCUGCUGGCCGGACUCUGCCAUUGCCAGGUCAAUAAUGACAUGUUUCCAUUCCUCCCUCCACAACCAGGUUUUCGUCGCAGCUCAUGCCCGAUCCUCAACUCCCUCGCCAACCAUGGAUUCCUCCCUCGCGACGGCCUCAAUAUUUCGCGCGAGCAGGUGCUAGACGCGAUGCAAAAGGGCCUGGGCUUCAACACGACCGGCCCGCUCGAGUCGACCACUGCCCACGGGCUCACCAUGUCGAGCACUGGGGACAACAAUACGAUGCACCUCGACGACAUUGAUAGGCACAAUGGUAAUAGAACAUGA